UCACAGCCUGUGCUAGCAAAAGAAAAGCCAAGAGUGUAGCUCUUCUUCUGUAAGCAAAUCCCGCUAUUUUACACAAGAUGAGAGCCACGUCCUACACCCAGAAGAGCCUGCAGGUUAGCGGGGCCGGUGGCAGGGCAAGAGUUCAGAGCCCCUCUCCAUCCAGAUGUCGUGGGUCUUCAUAUGACAGCCGGGGACGUUCUGGUUUCCGUGGCACUGCCAUCGAGUUGGGCACAGAGCUCCACCCACACUAUGCCAAUGAGAAGGAAGAGAUGCAGGAACUCAAUGUUAAGUUUGCAGGAUACAUUGAGAAAGUUCAGGCACUCGAGCAGAGAAAUGUUACUCUUCAAGCUGAGCUGGCCGCACUGCAGAGCCGCUACAAAGGAGGCCCCACGGGGAUUGCAGAAGAAUAUGAGUUGAAAUUUAAAGAGGUGCGGGAGCUGAUUGAGGCUUUGACUAAUGAGAAAGGAGCAGCUGAUAUUGAACGGGGCUACAUUGAGGAAGAGAUUGAAGUAUGGAGACUAAAGGUGGAGGAAGAACUAACACUCAAGGAAGAGGCAGAGAUAAUCCUGAAGGAGUUCCGCCAGGAUGUUGACAAUGCCACCUUACAGAAGGCUGAGCUGGAGAAGCGCAUUGAGCAGCUAGUGGCUGAGAUAGAGUUCCUAAAGAAGCUGCAUGAUGAAGAGGUUGCUGACCUCCUGAGGCAGAUUGAGGACUCAAAGAUUACCGCUGAGCUGGAUGGUGAUCGUCCUGAUCUGGCUGCCUAUCUGCGUAACAUGCGUUCAGAAAUUGAGGCUGUUGCGGCCCAGAAUGUCCAAGAAGCUGAGAAAUGGUACAAGAGCAAGUUUGACACCCUCAAAGAGCAUGCUGGUAAGCAUGAGGAGCAGAUGAAGACUAUGAAAGAGGAGAUCACAACCUUUCAAAACCAGGUGACAGACCUGCAAAACCAGAUUGAUGGGCUGAGGGCUCGAAAUGUGGCUCUGGAGCAACAGCUGGAGGAUAUGGAGGUAGCCCACAUGGAUAAGGUGGGUGGUCUAGAGGGUGUCAUUGCUCAGUUGGAGACUCAGCUCUGCGAAACCAAGUUGGAGAUGACCAAGUAUCUUCAAGACUACCAGGAACUGCUGCACAUUAAACUUAAACUCGAUGCGGAGAUUGCCACCUACAGGAAACUGCUGGAAGGGGAAGAACACAGGCUUGGAAUUAGCAAAGCUGCAUAGGCAAAUGUCUGAAUGUCCGGGAGCCACAAAUCCAAAGCACUCGCAGAGAAGACCAGCAAAGUAUUGUAAAAUCUAGAGAUGAGCUUAUUUUACUUAAACUCUUGAUUCUUAAUCUGUUUUACCCUCAUAACUCAUGUUGUUUACUUAAUUUCAUCACUUUCUUUACACACUUUUCAAACAAUGGUCCCUUGCUAAGAGACCCCUCUGUCUAAAUUUAUCAUAAUUAAUUUUCUUUUUUUCCCACCCGGUUCUUGUGACUUGCCCUUAGUCAUACCCCUUCCUUUAGCCCUUGUCUUCCAGUGUAAAUGCCAAAUUUCCUUUCCCUCAUUGUGGUAUCGUCUUCAUUUGCCAACUCUGUCCUUUCCAUUUACUUUGCUGUAGCUGCUCAUUUUUAAAGUCGCAGCUUUUCUUGACCACAGGUUUGGGAUUCCACCCUCCUUCACAGUGAAACUCUUUGUUCAGUUGUGAUAUAAUUCAAACAAAGCUGAAUAAACUGAUGUUUUAUGGGACACUCUUCAACAUUUACACUGACAAAGCUGGAAAAUGAUUCAAUAAAGAUUGAAGUGGAUGCAU